CGCAGCCGCCCGAACCCGCCCAGACCGAGCGCCCGAGGUGCCGCAGCCGCUGCCGCCGCCGCGAUGUGACCUUCAGGGCCGCCAGGACGGGAUGACCGGAGCCUCCGCCCCGCGGCGCCCGCGGCUCGCCUCGGCCUCCCGGGCGCUCUGACCGCGCGUCCCCGGCCCGCCAUGGCCCCUUCGCCCUCGCCCGGGCCCGCCGCCCCGCGCGCCGCGCCGCUGCGGCUGCUGCUGCUGCUGCUGGCCUCGGAGUGCGCGCUCGCCGCGUUGUUGCCGGCGCGCGAGGCCACGCAGUUCCUGCGGCCCAGGCAGCGCCGCGCCUUCCAGGUCUUCGAGGAGGCCAAGCAGGGCCACCUGGAGAGGGAGUGCGUGGAGGAGCUGUGCACCCGCGAGGAGGCGCGGGAGGUGUUCGAGAACGACCCCGAGACGGACUAUUUUUACCCGAGAUACUUAGGCUGCAUCGACAAGUAUGGGUCUCCGUACGCCAAAAAACCAGGCUUCGCCACCUGCGUGCAGAACCUGCCUGACCAGUGCACGCCCAACCCCUGUGAUAAGAAGGGUACCCAAGCCUGCCAAGACCUCAUGGGCAACUUCUUCUGCCUGUGUAAAGCCGGCUGGGGGGGCCGGCUCUGCGACAGAGAUGUCAAUGAAUGCAGCCAGGAGAACGGGGGCUGCCUCCAGAUCUGCCACAACAAGCCGGGCAGCUUCCACUGUGCCUGCCACAGCGGCUUCCAGCUCUCCUCUGACGGCAGGACCUGCCAAGACAUAGACGAGUGUGCAGACUCGGAGGCCUGCGGGGAGGCACGCUGCAAGAACCUGCCCGGCUCCUACUCCUGCCUCUGUGACAAGGGCUUUGCGUACAGCUCCCAGGAGAAGGCCUGCCGAGAUGUGGAUGAGUGUCUGCAGGGCCGCUGUGAGCAGGUCUGCGUGAACUCCCCGGGCAGCUACACCUGCCACUGUGAUGGGCGCGGGGGCCUCAAGCUGUCCCGGGACAUGGACACCUGUGAGGACAUCUUGCCGUGUGUGCCCUUCAGCAUGGCCAAGAGCGUGAAGUCCUUGUACCUGGGCCGGAUGUUCAGUGGGACCCCCGUGAUCCGGCUGCGCUUCAAGAGGCUGCAGCCCACCAGGCUCGUAGCUGAGUUUGACUUCCGGACCUUUGACCCCGAGGGCAUCCUCCUCUUCGCUGGAGGCCACCAGGACAGCACCUGGAUCGUGCUGGCCCUGCGAGCCGGCCGGCUGGAGCUGCAGCUGCGUUAUAAUGGCGUCGGCCGCGUCACCAGCAGCGGCCCGGUCAUCAACCACGGCAUGUGGCAGACGAUCUCUGUUGAGGAGCUGGCGCGGAAUCUGGUCAUCAAGGUCAACAGGGACGCUGUCAUGAAAAUCGCGGUGGCCGGGGACUUGUUCCAACCAGAGCGAGGACUGUAUCAUCUGAACCUCACGGUGGGAGGCAUUCCCUUCCAUGAGAAGGACCUCGUGCAGCCUAUAAACCCUCGUCUGGACGGCUGUAUGAGGAGCUGGAACUGGCUGAACGGAGAAGACACCACCAUCCAAGAAACGGUGAAAGCGAACACGAAAAUGCAGUGCUUCUCGGUGACAGAAAGAGGUUCCUUUUACCCGGGGAGUGGCUUUGCCUUCUACAGCCUGGACUACAUGCGGACCCCUCUGGACAUCGGGACAGAAUCGACCUGGGAAAUAGAAGUCGUGGCUCACAUCCGCCCGGCCGCAGACACGGGGGUGCUGUUUGCGCUCUGGGUCCCGACCUCCGUGCGAUGCCCUCUCUCUGUGGCCCUGCUGGUGGUGCAGCCGUGGAGCACGUGGGCCUUGGCCUAA